ACACCGCUAUAUAUAUAACCACUGUGAGCGCACUAUUGGCUUUUAUUAGAGAAAAUGGUUUAACGUCAAGGAACGAAAUAUUUUACGGAAAAUUUUAGGUGUCGAAUAACGCCGUUAGUGCCAUAACAAAAUUUUACUGAAAUUAUUUAAACAAACUUGAUAACAAAUUUCUAUAUUUUAUUAUAUUUUAUCAAGAAAUAUUACAGACAAUGAGGUGCAUAUUUAACGUUUUAGCAGUAUUUAUAAUAGUAACGGACGGAAUUUAUUGCAGCGAACAAAUGAAACGAAACUAUGUGCAAAGUGAAGCUAUUCAGUCCUUAGCAACAACGCCUAGACCAUAUAAGAUUUGGGACUGGGGCCUAAUGGCGUCACAUGGUCCACCAGUAUCCACAAUUCAAAGACGAGAAGACGACGAAAAGUAUGACAAAGAAAGGCAGCUUGACACGUUAGGGGGCACUUAUAUUUACGACUACCGUAUGCCAAGAGACUAUGAAGAAUUCUAUUCUGAUGGAAAUGGUGUGGUAUCUGAUAUGAAAGAAGAUGUUGAAAGCUCUGAAAAUGAUGCAGAAGAGAAGAGAUCAUUUGACACUCUUGGUAAUAUGCAAAUUCAUGGCUAUAAACGCGCUCUUGAUACACUUGGUAAUAUGCAAUUACAUGGAUACAAGAGAGGGUUUGACACACUUGGUGGAGUAAAUCUACAUGGCGGUUAUAAACGCUUCAUAUCGUCUCUCGGAGGAACAAAUAUACAUGGAUACAAACGAGCUUUAGAUACACUAGGUGGUAGCUUUGUCCAUCCCUACAAAAGAUACUUCUCGUCUCUUGGUGGAGGUAACAUUCACGGAGGAAACAAAAGAAAUAUGGAUAAGCGUUAUUUGUCUUCACUUGGAGGCGGUAACCUUUACAAGCGCAGAUUUGACAAUCUCGGAGGAGUAAAUUUGCAUAGCGGUUACAAACGCUUUUUAAGCUCGCUCGGCGGUUCUAAUAUUCACAAUGGUGGCAACAAGAGAGCAUUAUCGUCGCUAGGUGGCACUAAUAUACAUAACGCAUAUAAACGCACACUUAGCUCACUCGGUGGAGCAAAUGUGUAUGGUUUUAAAAGAAGUGAUAGUAAUAAUGAUUAUGAAAAACGUGAGCUGGACUCUCUCGGAGGAUUUGGUAUACAUCGUUAUAAAAGGAGCGAAGGGGAAGAUGUCGGAAAAGAAAUUGAAGAAAAUAAGGACGUUGCACUGGAACAAUAAACCUGAAAGAGAUCAAAGUAUUUUUACAGUCAAUGUGAGAAAUAAAACCAAUACAUGUUUUAAAUGAUGUGAUAUUAAUUUAGCUUAAAUGUAUACAGCUAUAAAGAUUUAAUGCAAAAGCAGUAACAUACUAUCAAUCUAUUCAUAGGUAUUUCUUUAUAAUACAUGUAUAUGUAAGAUAUUAAAUAAUAUGUCAUAUAUUGAAUGUUUUCUACAAGAUCACAGUCAUGUAUCUUUAUUGUUAAAAUGUUAAUUAUGGUACACUAGAGUUGCCACAUAUAUAAUAUACAUACAUGGCCAUGCAGUUUUACAAAAUUAAAGGUAGAGAUGUUUAUAAUUGUAUUCAUCUUCUAAAGAACAGCUGCAUAAAAUCUAUUCAUUACUGAAAAAAAAAAACAUCAUCAUAUUUAAAAGAAUGAGAUCAAUGAUUUUUUUUAUUUCUUUUUUUAUCACAUAAGAUCAUUUUGAGAGAAUAACUCGAUUAUUGUCAACGUGUUUGUAGACAUAGACAGGUAUAACAAGGGUAGUGGAUAAAAAUGUUUUGAAACCUAAUUAUUCCAAUUAACAACCUGUAAACAAAUGACGAGCGUUUUCUUUUCAUCUUAAUUACAUUUUGUUAGCAGUCGGACUAUAGAGAGAAAACAUGCAUACAGAGAUUUUCCUUCCAUGUCAAUUUCACACUUUACCCCUGAUCGAAAUAUGCAGAUAAAAAUACACCUCUCAACAUUUUUGAUGACAAUUCUUGCUUAGUAAUUUUGAAAUCAUCAUUAUACACUUGGGAUUGAAUCUAGUUGAGUGGAUCUAGGAAAUAAUUGAGUCCGCAAGCAUUUCCUUUAAAAAUGGGGUUUUUG